GCCAGUGUAAAAGAAAAGGGCUGAUAGUGAACCAUUUCAGCUCUCGUUGUGACCGACGCCACCUAAAUAAAAAGUUUUGAGUCUCUGCGUUUUUGUUUUUGGGGUUCAUUUUAUCCUUUUGAAGUGUCCAAAGGCUGAAAGGAGCGAAAGGGCAAUCAAUAGACGUUUAUGUUUGGAGAAGAACUUAGAUUUUUCCAACAUCAGCAACCACGACGUUCUGUCUCGAUUUAUCUUUCAGAAGAUACUACUUGAACAGAGCCAUGGCGCCGUCGCUGGCCCAGGCCUACAGGAGGCGCUGGUGGAUGGCAGGCUCGGCCGUGCUGGAGAACCUGCUGUUCUCCGCCGUGCUGCUCGGCUGGGGCUCCCUCCUCAUCAUGCUGAAGAGCGAGGGCUUCUACUCCCACCUGUGCACAGAGAAUGGGACGGUGGACAGCAACCUCACUGUGUGGGAGUUUGGUGAUUGGCCGAGCUGUGUGGAGCAGGAGGAGAUGCUGAAUCUGGGCUUCACCAUUGGCUCCUUCCUUCUCAGCGCUGCCACCCUGCCCCUCGGAAUCCUGAUGGACAAAUACGGGCCCCGCCCCCUGCGCCUGGUGGGCAGUGCGUGCUUUGCCUUCUCCUGUGCCAUGAUCGCAGCAGCAACCUACGAUCCCACAGUCCUCUCCAUACUCAUCUUUGUUGCCGUGGCCUUUAAUGGAUUUGGUGGAAUCUGCCUCACCUUUACCUCCCUUAUGCUCCCGAACAUGUUUGGAAACAUUCGCUCCACCAUUCUGUCCAUCAUGAUCGGCUCCUAUGCCUCCUCGGCAGUGACCUUCCCCGGAGUCAAGCUCAUUUAUGAUGCGGGCGUGUCCUUCCGGGUCAUCAUGUGGGUGUGGGCGGGGCUAGCCUGCCUCGUCUGCCUCAACUGCUUCCUGAACUGGCCGCUGGAGGCCUUCCCCGCACCAGAGGAGAUCAGCUACACGAAGAAGAUGAAGCUGAGCAGCCUGGCGUUGGACCACAAGGUGACCGGCGAUCGGUUCUACAGCCAUAUGACUGCGGUGGGCCAGCGGCUCAGCCAGACGCCCUGCACAAUGGACCGGCCCUGCGAGCUCACUGCCUCCAAGACCACCGGCAGUGCACAGAGUACCAUCCCAUUCCGCAGGUCUGUGUGCUCCCCUAUCUUCCUGUGGAGUCUCGUCACCAUGGCGAUGACCCAGAUCCGCCUCAUUUUCUUCAUGGGAGCCAUGAACAAGAUGCUGGAAUUCCUGGUGACCCACGGCGACCCCAACCCUUCUGAGAACUUAGUACUGGCUGCAGAGGAGCAAGUGGGGUUCUACUCAUCGAUCUUCGGCACACUGCAGCUGCUGUGCCUGCUCACCUGCCCCCUGAUCGGAUAUAUCAUGGACUGGAGAAUGAAGGAGUGUGGGGAGAAGAGCCAAGGGAUGGAGGGAGAGAAGGGUGGUCUGUCGCCCCCUAAGAGAGACAGUAAGAUCCAGAAACUCACCAACUCCAUACGAGCCUUCAUCUUCACGAACCUGCUCCUUGUCAUCUUCGGAGUCCUCUCCCUCAUAGACAACCUGCCCAUACAGAUCAUCUCCUUCAUCCUGCAUACAGUGGUGAGAGGGUUCAUUCACUCCUGCUGUGGAGGACUGUACGCUGCUGUGUACCCGUCCAACCACUUUGGGACGCUGACCGGGCUGCAGUCCAUGAUCAGCGCCCUGUUCGCCCUGAUCCAGCAGCCCCUCUUCAUUCUGAUGGUGGGACCCCUGAAGGGAGACCCCUACUGGAUCAACGUGGGGCUGCUGAUCUUGUCAUUGACUGGGUUCUUGUUGCCGGGAUACCUGUUCUAUCAUCGGAAGAAGCUCAGCGAGCAGAAGAGGGAGAAUGAAACAGAAGCCCUCAACCAAUCAGAACGUAACGACCUGAAUCGCCAAAGCAACAGUCAACUUGCACACAAAGCUUUGGACAAUAAAGAAAUGUGAAUCCGUCAUGAUAACAUGACUUUUCUCUUUGACCAGAUAUGCAUUUUGAUUACGUAAUUUCAUCCCAAAAUUUCAUCCUAAAACAAUUCACUUGCCGUUUUCAGCUCUGAUAGUAGUUUCCUUACACAAGUUCACAAACACAUACACCCACGCACACACAUACGCACACACAGACAUACACCCACGCACACACCCAAACACAGUUCACUUCCAGCACAGGUUGUGCGCCCUGUGAAUCGAUGUGUGAAUAGCUGCUUCUCAGCGUCUCCAUGUUGCGGUCAGUUGGAAUGGGUUCAAACUGACUGUGGUCAAACCGGCUGCGACCGGUUUUUUAAAAGUAGUAACUUCGUGCUCUUGCAGUCCAACGUUGAAAUGGAGUGCUGCUAAAAUGAACAGUCGACUGACGCCACCCUGACCAAAACAGGAGAAAGACACCGUUCCUGUCUCCAAGGAAACCAUUUCACGCUGAACCAGGGUUCCCUCACACAUUGGGGACGACACCAGUAUUCAACAAGAGCAGAAGGGCCUGCUAACCAACCGGCUGAUUUAAGCAUUAAACUACCUCCCUAAACGCCCUGCACACUACUAGAAUGAGACUAUACGGGAAAUCAGUCUGUCUGUCUGUCUGUCUGUCUGUGUGUGUGUCCACACUUUUAAUUGUCAUUGUGAUUUACCACCCAUAUGCGUGUUGUGUGAAGUGUGAUGUUUGAUCGCAGGAGAGGCAGCGAUUAAGGUGGCACUCACCCUGAAGCUGUGCUAUGCAUUUAAACUCCCUUCCUGCCUGCUUCCCUCAGGGACGCCUGGAAGGCAGCAGUUUUUAGAACUUGAAAGCUUCACAGUGAAAGAUUGGCGAAGGAGUUAACUCAGCAACACAGUACAGAUCAGAUCAAAAUACGUGGAAUAAAAGCUGCCUGCAAAGUAGUAUGUACACAUCAUCUGGGGCUGGCUGAGCUGAACCUGCUGCCCUCCGGGUGUCCCCGGAGGGAAGCAAAGUACCGUGGGCCAUUGAAGCUGCGUGAGGAGUUUGGACAGUGAAGGAGGACCACAGCCUGGUCCUCCUUCACUGAGCAAAUAUUAUACAAUUAUAAGAAAAAGAAAAAAAGAGAAAAUGUUUAAGAUGUUACAGAGCGCUUUUGUAAAGAACGGGACGUUGUGUUGUGGGAAUAUUGUCAAAUGGGAAAGUACGAGGAAAACAUUGCAGUUAGAUCACUUCCUGUGUGGUGCCAGGGGAUUUGAGUGCCUCUGUAGUCCGUCUGGUCCUGGGGAACUGGUGCCUUACAGCCAAUGGCUGAUCCACUGACAAAAUGCCAGAAUAAAAGUGUCCUGUGUGUUCGUGGUUCGUAAUGGGGACGUGUGUAUUGACGUUAAGGAUAUUUAAAGAGCUGCACUCUGGAUGAUUGUGUAUGUGUGAUACCGCAGGAAGUCUCUGUACAUUGAAUUUAACUACAAUACCCAGUGGACAUUGCAAAAACCAAAGACAUAGAAAGUAUUAUUCUGAGAGCUGCAAAACCCAGCUGGAUAUGUAGUUUUUUUUAAAGUAUGCACUGUAAGUAUUAAAGAUUUGUGAAUUUAUUGUAGCAUUAACUGUUGUCAAUGUUCACCGCGAGCUGCAGUUCCCUCAGCGGCCUCAUGAUAGGAGGGCGCUGUGACUCUGUUACAACAGAAAAAGUGUUGCACUGUCAGUUGCAGCCAUGAGCUAACUGUACAUAACUUCUGAUUGAUGUUCUGUAAGGUGUGGUUGUGCCGUCUUGCGCUGCUUGGCUUGGUGAUGAUGUGCAGCCAUGUUGAAGGAAUAAACACACAGGAAGUGCCUGUU